AUGCCACACGCUAUGUCACAGAUGGGAAUGUUAUUGGGAACAAUCAUAAUAAUCUGGUCGGGCCUCACAUCCGCCUUCGGCCUCUACCUGCAGUCGAGAUGCGCCCGCUAUCUCGACAGAGGGAGCUCCUCCUUCUUCGCGCUGUCACAACUCACCUACCCGAACGCCGCCGUUAUCUUCGAUGCUGCCAUUGCUGUCAAGUGUUUCGGGGUGGGGGUCUCGUACCUGAUCAUCAUUGGGGAUCUGAUGCCGGGGGUCAUGAGGGGAUUCAACACGAAUGCGGAUGCAUAUCCCUUCCUGAUGGACCGCCACUUUUGGAUCACAGCCUUCAUGCUGGUGAUCAUACCGUUGAGUUUCCUGCGGAGACUGGACUCGCUCAAGUACACAAGCGUCAUUGCCCUGAUUUCUAUCGGAUAUCUGAUCAUAUUGGUUGUCUAUCAUUUUGCCUCGGACUCGAUCGAGAACCGGGGGGAAGUCAACAUCAUUCAUUGGAACGGUCCGAUUGCUUUUUUGAGCAGUCUGCCAGUGGUGGUGUUUGCAUAUACAUGCCACCAAAACAUGUUCUCCGUUCUCAACGAGAUCAAGGAUAACUCACCAGGUAGCAUCGUUGGCGUUAUCUCCACCAGUAUUGGCUCCGCAGCCAGCAUCUACGUCCUGGUGGCCAUCACUGGCUAUUUUACAUUUGGCAACGACGUCCUAGGCAACAUCGUCAGCAUGUACCCGCCAUCUAUCGCCUCGACCAUCGGCAAAGCCGCCAUCGUCAUUCUCGUCAUGUUCAGCGUGCCACUGCAGGUCCACCCCUGCCGAGCGUCCCUCGACGCGGUCCUGAAGUGGCGACCGAACCGCUCCAACAACCGAGAGCACUCUUCCAACGGCCACAGCAUGCUCCCCACCGCCGCGGUGCAGACCGACAGCCAUGGAGCGCCUGUGGCAAGCAUCUCGGAGUUCCGUUUCGCCCUGCUCACCACCUUCAUCAUUGUGCUCUCGUACAUCACCGCGCUGACUGUGUCCCAACUCGACCGCGUGCUUGCGUACGUCGGUGCCACGGGCUCUACCUCCAUCAGCUUUAUUCUCCCGGGGCUGUUCUACUACAAGAUCAGUGACCCAGACAGCAUCCACCAUCAGCGGCUCGCCAAGGAGGAUGACGACGUGGAUGCCGCAAACAGCGAGAGCGAUGAUGAGCCUGAUGCAGGCUUUGCGCCCAGUGGCUCUGGCGUCUUAGAGCCUUCCAGGAGCGUCCGGUCGAGCAGGAGCCAUAUUGAGCACGGCCUCUUGCGACAGUUGGCAUUAUGUCUGGCCAUCUAUGGUAUCUGUGUCAUGGUGGUGUGCUUGAUCCUGAACGCCUUCUUUACGGUGGCUCACUAA